CUUCUGUGUUGGAGCAACUCACAUAGCAGAUUGAAAGGAAAACUUAUUCAGGAACCAAACAGUCCUUCCAGGUGAAGCUGUGAUUUACAGUCAUUCAGCACAGAAGUCCCUGAUGGAGGAGUUAACUGAGAUCAUACCUAGUGACAUCGUGCACAAUGACAGCAACGGACAUUGCCUUGGUGCCGAAUGUUCCUGCUCCAUCAAUGUGGAUUAUAAUACACUGGACAAUUCAUUAAUAAUUAUAUACAUAUUAUUUUUUAUAGCAGGUCUGGUAGAAAACACCCUCGUCCUUUGGAUAAACUGGAAGAUAAAAAAGGCCAAGAAAGCAAGCUGCUUUUAUGUUUUUAAUUUAGCCGUUGCUGACAUGGGUGCAGUUUUAACCAUCCCAUUCAGGGUGAUGGAGAUCUCACACAAUUACCAAUGGUUGUGGGGCAGCUUUCUGUGUAAACUUGAUUCCUUCCUGUAUUGUGUUAAUCUGUACAGCAGCUCUUUUUUCUUAACCUAUAUGACCAUUGAGAGAUACUUCUCACUGCGAUACCCAGAUCAAGCUCUAGGAUCAAGGGAUCAACGCGUGCGCUGGCUGGUGUGUGUGUGUUUGUGGACUCUUGCUGCAGUAUUAUCCACACCACAUUAUCUCCUUUAUGAUGUUUCUGAAUCUUGGCAUACAUUCUGCUUCAUAGAUAGUGACACCUCUUGGCAUAUUGCAAAUUUUUUGGUCACAUUUUGUGGGUUUGUUAUCCCCUUCCCCAUCAUCAUCGUGAGUAAUAUCUUCACUACAAAAGCCUCCAAAGCCUCCCAUAACACAGAAAAUAUUCGGCUCAGUAAAUUAGUAUCUGUUUAUAUCAUAGUGUUUAUGUUGUGUUGGUCACCUUUUUACAUAACCACAUUCAUUUCUGCAGUGGAUUGGUCAUCAAGCUGUAAUAUGGAGACUGUAAUUUUAUUACUUUAUGAUUUGGGCAAGUGCUUCACCUUUUCUCACUGCAUCGUGAAUCCCAUCUUCUACAACUUUAUGCAAAAACGUUUCAUGUAUCAUUUAGAAACCAAUGUUGUGAAAUUCUUGCCCAAAAAAUAUGUCAAAGAAGUUGACAAUGUUUCCACCUCUUCAGACACCAAACAAAUUGUGGUUAUUUCAUGAUUUAGCCCACUGAAAGAUAAAUGUAGUCCAUUCAGAAUUAUUGUAAUAGAGCAUUUUCUUCUCUUGAUUCCUGUUCAGUGUCUGGUGAAAAAGUUACAAUCAUCUAAUGCCAGUAAGCAAUAAAUAAUUAUUUAAAAUUCUCUUAUUAAAAAUGUAAAGCAGCAAAGCUUGAAGGCUUACCAAAAGGAAUGUCCAAUUUAAAAAAAAUCUAAUUGUGAUCCUUCAUAGUAUCAUUAAUUCACAGAUAUGUAAAGAUGCCACUGCCAAACAAAAUAUUGAUGGAUCUCUUUUUAAUUUGUUCAUCCAUGAAUUUGCAGUGCAGUGCUCAGAACAGCUUCUCCCCAAACCACCAGCCCACAAAAGUCAAACUAUAAGCACAAGUAUUGCAUUCUGGGGCUUUGUAGUUGGAUUAUUGUGGUUCAUGGGUUGAAGACUGGCACCAAAUGCACUGAGCACCUAGCUGGAAGGAUUCUGAUCUUUCAACAUGAUUUCCCUUUUUGUGGAUCCCCAGGGCUCCACACAACAGGAGAGAAAACCAUAUUGGUGCUCUUCCUGGCUGCUUAUGAACACCAAGUGGAUGCAGCUCUUCUUUUGGCAUUUUGGAACAGGAGGACAUUGAGUAGGAAUCGGAGGAGAAAAACAAGGAAAGUAAAUACAAAAUAACCCAUUGAUCAUAUUCUCUGGAAGUUUGAAGGCUGUGAUAUGAGCACUAUGCUUAGUAUUUGAACACAUAAUCUAGGCUGGUUCUAGAAAAGUAAUGGGCAGGACAUCAAUCUUAGAGAAGUCAAGAGUUUUGACUGGUGGCGAUUCUGGUGUCCUGGUGAACACAAUUCCCUCAACCUACUAUCUAAAUACAUUAACUGAUUAGGAUGCUGGCAACUGCAUUUGUCUUCAUGAGAAGUAAUUGCACCUCCAAUAGGUAUAGAAAACACUGAGAAAUGUGAUAAUGGUGCAAUUUAAAUGCUUAUCUUUCUUCUUGGCUUCGAUUCUAUCAGCCCUUAUUAGCCAUGUUGCAAUUGAUCUCAGCAACCUGAAUGAGUUAAGGGGCGGCAACCUAUUUACAGCUUAUUAUCACUGAGCGCAAACGCAUAGAUAAGCAAGCCCCGAGAUUCUUUCUCCAUGGCGUCUUGAGAAAGGUGUAAUAAAGCACUCUCUGAGAUCUUGUGAAAGCUCGUACCUGACAAACAGGUACGUGAACAAUUUCAGAAUUAUAAUGUGCCAAAUGCACCAUGGGGGUGGGGUGGCAAGUGGCUCAGAAUCUAUACAAUAAAGUAUUGCCAAUAUCGAGCAUAA